CCAGUCCUUUUCACCACUUGCAUCUAUCUUAGCUUGGGAAGAAAGUUGAAAGAUCAGGAUCUUGCUAAGGUAGGAAAUCAUCGUGUGCGUCGAGGCUCAUGUCCAAGAUCCUCGGCUUUUGUAUGGGAACAGGAACAUGCAUCUCGUCUUGGAGGGUGAAGGAGGCUCUAUCAAAAUCAAGAUCCCAUGGCCAAAUGGUUGGAAAUUUUAUGGGGAUGUGCGGGGAGAAGAACUUUCACCGCUCAGGCCAUAACUUUAACCUUAUAUCGAUCGUUUAUAUUCAUAGAAAGUCGUACAUGCCAUACUCCGCAUUCUAUGAGACGAGCAAACAAUUGAGUUUCCCCAAUCGCAGACAUUAUAUUCUUCAAUGGCUAAGUCAAAGGGAAAGAGGAAGCAGCAAAGUCUCCCUAGCGAGCAAAACAUCAAGAAAGUGAAGACUACAAGUAUUAUUACUCCACCUCCAGAACUUUCGACUGAGCCCAAAACCCUCCAUGACCUUUUAAUCGCCGAAGAAGAUAUCGAAAUAUCCGUGGACACACUCAACACAUUGGCCAAAAACCCUGCUCUUAUAAAAUCGAAGGCAUGUAAGGAAUUACGAACUGCGGUUUUCGACUUUCGAAAUGCUUGCACAACGGGCUUCAAUGCGUCUAGUAUGCCAUCUAUCAUCGCGCAAACGCAAUAGCGAACACUAAUUAUGAUGUAGUCGAUACAAACCCUACGGCGCGUAUCAGUGGUGCUCUGGCGGAUGAAGGAUAUACCGAAGCUAGGAUAUUACUCGCGGAGAUGCGGAUUCGAGAGCAGAAGCCUAAAUUAGGUGCGCUUUGCCGAUGGGUUCGAGAUUUAGACGUUGUUAGUGGUUUAGCGGAACAACUAGACGGCAGUGGAGCGAAGAGAACGGCAAGAGAGGAGCAAUUGCUAGUUGUGUUAGAUGCAAUACUUAGAGUCACUGGCCCGGUGGAUUAUUCGACUGAGGAUGGAACGGCUACAAAUGGUCCUAUAGUGCCAAGAAAGGCAUGGAAUUUGAGAGAUGAUACGAUACCGCGCAAGCAAGUAUACGAUUCGGUUUUGGACGGAAGUAUACUCAAUUCUCAAGCCAAGGACAUAAAAUCCAAGUUCCGCGUCAUCGAAACAACUCCAGGUUUUGAUCGUAAGCCAGCAAACCUCCAUCCGGCGAUCCUUUGGGCAUCUCAGGACAAUGCCAUUGUUUUUUCUGGUAGCUCUCUUAAGACGACUCACCACACACAUCCCGUUGUACCUAAUUUACAUUUGCUCAAGGACGUAUUGAGUCCAGAAGAGUGUAUCCGAAUCAUUGCUGCAGGCGAGACCGUGGGGUUUACACCGGAUGCCCCAAUACGCGCAGAAGGCGAGGAAAACAGUAUCUUGGCUCAUAAUUUCUAUUGGGUUGCGGAUAAUGCUUUCUGCGAUGGAGUAUGGAACAGAGUUAAGGAAUUUGUUCCAACACAAGUCAAUGGUAAACAGGUGAGAGGUCUGAACAGGAGAUUUCGCGUUUACCGCUACGUCCCUGGUGCAGAAUAUCGUGCCCAUAUUGGUGAGUAAUCCUCCUUCCGCAUUGGUUCGUUCCAUCUUGCUGAAAAGUUAUCUCCAUAGAUGGCGCUUGGCCGCCAUCUGGAAUUGACCCCACGAACGAUAAAUAUAUCUACGAUUCUUCCCCAGCGGACGCAAAACAGUCCUCUUUAUUCACAUUUUUGAUAUAUCUGAACGAUGAGUUCGACGCUGGCGAAACAACCUAUUUUCUACCCAGCGCGAAAGAGGGCAGUAUGAAUGCAUAUUCGAUAAAACCAAUUCAAGGUAGUGUGGCAAUGUUUCCACACGGUGAAACUGAGGGAAGUUUACUUCACGAAGGCACCGGUGUGAAAGGGGGCUCGAAGGCAUCAGCAAAGUACGUAAUUCGGACAGAUGUACUGUACGAUGUCGACGCCAAAUGAGAGAAUCUUAUCUGUAAACCAACAUGUAUGAUAUCAAGACUCGGCAUGUAAUAUUUUCAGGAAAUUUUUGCUCAUAAGUCAACAUCAAUUUUCGAAGAAGUCCAGUGCUACACAUAGUAAGAAUGGUGCUAACCA